UCGUUUUCUCACGAGCGCGUGUUUGGCGCGUCGCCCCGACCCCUCCAUCCACUUCCCUCCCCCAACACCAGCACACGCAGCGCGCACGCAAUGGCCGACAGACAGACGCCCUACACAAUCAGCGUCUUCCCCAGCGAGGGCGACGGCGACCACGGCGAUGCUGCCCCCAGCCGCAUGCAGCAGCGCCUGGUCGACUUCAUCAUGGACUUCCACCUCGACAACGUCUUCGUUUACAGAGACCAGAUCCGCGAAAAUGUGCUCAUCAAGCAGUACUACUGCGACGUCGACGUUGCACACCUCAUCUCGUUCGACGAGGAGCUGGCCCACAAGCUCACCCAGGACCCUGCCGAGAUCAUCCCUCUGUUCGAGGCCGCUCUCAAGUCAUGCACACAGCGCAUCGUCUACCCCUCGCAACGGACCAUCAAGCUGCCCGAGCAUCAGCUGCUGCUCCACUCGUCCGCCUCGGAGCUCUCCAUCCGUGACCUGACCGCCACAUCCGUUUCGCGCCUCGUGCGCAUACCGGGCAUCAUCAUCGGCGCCUCCACCCUCUCUUCCAAAUCCACAACCCUCGCCAUCCGCUGCCGGAAUUGUCAACACGAAGAGACCCUACCCGUGUCUGGCGGUUUCUCGGGCGUCUCGCUCCCCCGCACAUGCAGCCGCCAGCGCGGAGAAAACGACGAUAAAUGCCCUCUCGACCCAUACUAUGUCAUGCACGAGCGCUGCCAGUUUGUCGACCAGCAGGUCCUCAAAAUGCAGGAAGCCCCUGACCAAGUACCAGUCGGUGAGCUGCCGCGUCACAUCAUGAUCUCAGCCGACCGAUAUCUGGCCAACCGCGUUGUCCCCGGUACAAGGUGCACCGUCAUGGGCAUCUACUCCAUCUACCAACAGAAAGGCUCCAAGAGGUCACAGAACGCCGCCGUAGCCAUUCGGAAUCCGUAUAUCCGCGCCGUGGGCAUACAUGCCGAUGUCGACCACACCGCCAAGGGUAACCUGACCUUCACUGAGGAGGAAGAGCAGGAGUUCUUAGAGUUGAGCCGAAGACGAGACAUUUACGAAGUAUUCGCCAGCUGCAUCGCGCCGUCCAUCUACGGAAACAAGGACAUCAAGAAGGCUAUUGCGUGCCUGCUGAUGGGAGGCUCCAAAAAGAUUCUACCAGAUGGCAUGAAGCUCCGUGGCGAUAUCAAUGUUCUGCUGCUCGGUGACCCUGGUACAGCCAAGUCCCAACUGUUGAAGUUCGUGGAAAGGGCUUCGCCCAUCGCCGUCUAUACCUCCGGAAAAGGUUCGUCAGCAGCUGGUCUGACUGCCUCAGUUCAACGGGACCAUAACACGCGAGAAUUCUACCUGGAAGGGGGCGCUAUGGUCCUCGCUGACGGGGGUGUUGUGUGUAUUGAUGAGUUCGAUAAGAUGCGUGACGAAGACCGUGUCGCGAUCCACGAGGCCAUGGAACAGCAAACCAUCUCUAUCGCAAAAGCAGGUAUCACCACGAUUCUCAACUCGCGAACGUCCGUUCUUGCCGCCGCCAAUCCUAUCUUCGGACGCUACGAUGACAUGAAAACACCAGGCGAAAAUAUCGACUUCCAAACCACAAUCUUGUCACGUUUCGACAUGAUCUUCAUUGUCCGGGACGAGCACGACCGCGCUCGCGACGAGCGGAUAGCGAAGCACGUCAUGGGUCUCGCCAUGGGAGGCCGCGGAACAGAAGAGGUAGUGGAGUCGGAGAUUCCCAUCGAAAAGAUGAAGCGCUACAUCUCGUACUGUCGCCAAAAAUGUGCCCCAAGACUAUCGCCCGAGGCCGCCGAGAAGCUGAGUUCCCACUUCGUCAGCAUCAGGCGACAGGUUCAUGCCUCUGAAAUGAACGCCAACCAACGCUCUUCUAUUCCCAUCACCGUGCGUCAGUUGGAAGCCAUCAUCCGUAUAACAGAAUCUUUGGCCAAGCUCUCGCUGUCCCCUGUUGCCGAUGAGUCCCAUGUUGACGAGGCAAUCCGUCUGUUCUUGGCUUCCACCAUGGAUGCCGUGAACCAAGGAGAGGGCCAAGCAUCCAAAGAGCUCAUGGACGAGGUGAACAAAGUUGAGGAAGAAUUGCGACGGCGCAUGCCAAUUGGGUGGCAGGUCAAUCUCUCAACAUUGAAGCGCGAGAUGUGCGAUGGGAAGGGCUACUCGGAGCAAGCCUUGGGCCGUGCACUGCAUGUGAUGGCCGCAAGGGAGACGAUACAAUGGAGGCAUGGCCAGAGUGCUGUAUACCGAUCUAAUAUCUAGCCGGUAAAGGUGACACUCGGAUGGCGUUAGGGUAUGGGAAGGAUCGUUCUGGAUACGAGACUAUGAUUGUGGAGGCAGAUGUGAUUUAGGUCGAGCAAA